AUGGCUCUUUCUUCGAUCUUCGGUGGCAGCAGCGCAUCUGCUCCAGUUAUCCCUCCAUCCACUUCGACUUCCUCCACAACUUCCAAUGCCGUCAAGGAUAAAAUCAAGGAAAAGUUGGAGAUCGAAUUGGCCCAAGCCAACGCCACUGAAUUGGUCAACAACUUAACUGAAAACUGUUUUGAGAAAUGUCCAGGUGGUGAUGAUGCCUGUAUUGCCAGCUGCACCCAGAAAUACAUGGUCUCUUGGAAUAUUAUUUCCCAAGCUUACCUUGGAUUAGUCCAAAAUGCUAAGCGUUAA